CGAAAGCUGAACACUAACUUCGUUUUAUAUCGCGUCGAGUUUCUUAACGUUUACUUCUACUAUUGGAUAUCAUAAGUUGCUGGAAGAAACAUGGAAUCCUCCAACUGGCAAACUAAACUGUCUUCUGUCAGAGAACGUACUCAAUACGCGUUCAAMAARUCCUUGUUCUGCGAUGUCAAGUUCACCGUGGUARACUCGCUUAAUGGUGGUAAAGUCACUGUUCCAGCCAACAAGUACAUGCUAGCCGUCAGCAGUCCUGUYUUUGAAGCCAUGUUUUACGGUAAUCUCGCAGAAAAGMRAGAUAYSAUYGACCUACCAGACUGCACCAAGGAAGGACUACAAGAAUUGCUUCGYUUUGUGCACUCGGAUGAAGUGAACUUGACCGGAAAUAACGURAUGGAAGUACUUUACAUUGCAAACAAGUAUGAUAUGCCAUUUCUUGCCAUGAAAUGUAGAGAGUACCUUAAAGAAUACCUGAAGGCUGAAGAAGUGUUUACUGUUCUUCCUCAAGUGCAAAAACUCGGUGAUAAAGAGCUUGAAGAAUAUUGCUGGAAAGUUAUUGACAACAAGACCCACCUCGCAAUGCCAUCAAAACCAUUCUUCAAAGUAUCUCGAGAAAUUCUGUCCCAAGUCUUAGUUCGAGACUCUUUGAAAAUCGAUGAGGUGGAGAUCUUUCAAGCUGUAGAUAAAUGGGCUGCAAAAAAGAUUGAAAAAGAAGGAUUAGAGAGCACUGGAGAUUCUAAACGAGCCAUUCUUGGAGAAGAUAUCAUCAGACUUAUUAGAUUUCCUUUGAUGUCGCAGGAUGAAUUUGCUGAAGUGGUGCUUCCUUGUGAAAUUCUAAAAAGGUGCGAACUUACGGAGUUGUUUCAAAUCUUUAGCAAACUUACUCCGUCAACCAGUAUGUUUUGUGAAAGGAGUCGAAAAGGAAGAGAACUAAAAUUGACAAAUAAUCGUUUUGAUUGCUCGAAUAUUCAUCGUCGAUUUUUUUCGAAGUCCUACGAUGGCAUCAAAUGUGAUGCAAUCAGCUUCACUGUGAACAAAGACGUCAUUCUAAUGGGUGUACAAAUGUUUGGCGAGAAAGAAUCAGCCUAUAAAAUUAAAUUGGAAAUCUUAAAUGGUGAUCAAAUCAUUUCAAGUCAAUCUUCAUCGUAUGGUAGUGAAUUGAAUGAUAGAUAUUAUUUCACUGCCAAGCUUGAUAAGCCAGUCACAUUAAAACCAAAUGUCUUAUAUACCAUAUCGGCUGUUAUUAAAGGACCGCCUACUCCUUUUGGUGCUGGUGGUAAAGAGGUGAUACAUAACGAUGGCGAUUUAAAAAUAACAUUUAAAAACUCUGAUCGGUCUACCAAUGGAACAACUGUUGAACAGGGGCAGUUUCCAARACUUCUUCUGAAGUACUAACUUUAUAGAAUUGAUGAUUAAUUGACUUCAAAUUUAUUGCCACCGCAUGAUUUCAAACGGUGGGAGAAUGAGUACAAGCUCCUUCAGAGAGAUASCAGUCUCUUAUAAGACGGACGACCGUCUGGAGAUUGGAAAUAAUCGUCAUAAUUAGUGUGCAAAAUAUUCGAAAAGUUGUAGCCUCGUUGCAUUUCGGGAAUUAUCAAAAACAUCGAAGAUAAUACCAGAUGUAACGCGCCUAGUAAAGCUGCUGACCAAUCAAAUUA